AUGCAAUCAGAUUGGUAUAAGAUACCCGUUGAACAACGAUAUCCCAUUGUAGUUCAACGUUCGAUAACAUCGGUGCCCGCGACUCAUCUUGAAGAUCAAAAUGAAAAUCGAAAAGGUGUUCGUUUACAUGUAUUUCUCGAGAAGAAUGUCGUUGUUGCUGGUGAGCACUUCUCCUUACAAGUUGACUUAUAUAAUCCAAAGCGAGCAAUAAUUCAUCGAAUAUCGGCAAUUCUAGUUCAAGAACGAAUACUGGGUCCUACAGUGGAGAAAAACGUGAUUCUAGUGACAAAGAAUCUUACAAAUGUCUUUGAUUUUCAGGAUGAACAUUCACGCGGUAACUUCACACUUCUUCUGCCUAAAAGCACUGUACCCUCGUUCUCGUGGAAACCAACUCGAUGGCCUUUUCGAAAUCCAUUAAUUGUAUGUUACAAGCUUCUUCUCGAGGCUCAUAUACAUGGCCCCUUCAAUAAUGUUCGUCUACAGUUUCCUUUGAUCAUCACAAAUGCAACUCCAACAAAUGACGAUGAAAUGAUGCCGCCACCCAGCUAUGAAACUCUUUUCCCUACUUGA